AUGACUGCGUUUGCUCACUCACGGCGUAUAUUCCUUACCUCACGUCGUAUACCGUUCUUUACCCCCCUCAUCCUACUUUUAACUUUGGCUCUCGUGUUCCAAUACUACAUCCCGGCAGACACGGAUUCCUUUAUACCCUCUUUCAGCACAUCCCAAACAGUUUUAACUUCACAGCCAGCAUCAACAUUCGAAUCCGACGGCGGUUUCUGGCCCUCCUUUGCGCCGCUCUUGGCAGCAGCAGCACCGCGAGUGCAACCCCCAGAAGUCACCGGAGAGGUAUUCACGCGCCUCCGGGGGGUUCCAGGAGAGGACUAUGAGCGCCAGGGCAAUGUUCUGCAAUGGGGCGAAUCGGAUAUUGCUUCUAUGAAAGGCGCACACGAAUGGUUUUUAACUCAGAUGCAGUUCAGCCCCCCAACAUUACCAUACACAUCGGAUACCAAGGGGAUAGUGACGUCCGGAGGAGGGAAGUACUUCCCUGUCUUGCUUGUUAGCUUGCGGAUGCUGCGACGCACGGGUUCUACGUUGCCUGUGGAGAUAUUCCUAAAGAACAAGGAAGAAUACGAGGAGUUGGCCUGCGAAGUGCUGUUCAAGGAAUUAGGCGCCAAAUGUGUUAUAUUGAGUGAGCUUGUUGCAACAUCCAAGAUAGUGUUCAAUUUCGAACAUUACCAGCUCAAAAGCUUUGCUCUGCUCUUCUCUUCGUUCGAAGAAAUCCUGUUUCUGGAUGCGGACAACUUCCCCGUUUAUAAGCCCGAGGAUCUUUUCGAGGCAGAAGUGUAUAGAGAGAGGGGCAUGGCGCUCUGGCCUGACUACUGGCUAUGCACCUCAUCGCCAUUCUUCAACCAGAUAACCGGGCUGGCCGAAAAUGCCCUGCAAGAUCGACCUACGAUCGAGGCUGGGCAGUUGCUUGUCGAUAAGAAAAAGCACGCCGAUACAUUAGCGCUCGCAGCGUAUUAUAAUGCGUAUGGCGAUAAGUAUUUCUAUCGGCUGCUGUCCCAGGGUGGUGCUGGAGAAGGAGACAAGGAGACCUUCGCUGCAGCUGCCUUGGUCCUCAACAACGCCUUCUACACUGUCUCCGAGAGACCUAGCCCGUUUGGCGGAGCCGGUCAAGGGCCACCGGUUCUUCAAAGCAACCUUGCGGAAGACUGGACUGUUAGCCUUGAAAACCCUAACCGAGAUGAGAAAGCACCUCCUGCAACUCCCUUCUUUGUCCAUGCAUCUUGGCCCCCGAAGUUGAAUCCUAAAUACAUCCAACGGACUGAGAGGGUGUGGGGCCCCGGAGUAGAGAGCGAGAAGACGUUUGGCGAGGAUUUGGAGAUGACUGUUUGGAGUAUUAUGGUUGAUAUGGCUUGUGAAGACAAGGUGCAGUUUGCGGAUUGGGGAGAUAAAGAGACUGGGGGGGUCGAGGAGGGUGUUAGCAUUUGUGACCAGAUGCUGAAGAGUUUUGAUGAUAUGUUCUCGCCAAAGAUUGAGGAGGUUCAGGUUGAAGAGAGGGACCGAGGAGAAGAUAAUGAUAGGCAGCAGCAAUAG